UCCAUGUAGUCUAGUCUGAAACGUCAUAUAAUGCAUCCAAAAGAGAGUAUAUAGUAAACAGGAGGGGUCCCAAGACUAUGCCUUGUGGGACCCCUUGGGUGAGAAGAUUACUAAACUGGCAGUGGCAGAUUUUAUGCUAUGGAACUGACAGAAUCCGCACUGGAAUGGUUCAAAAAGUUUGUGCUCUGUACGAUCUUAGCAAAGAUGUUUCAUUUAGAACCAAGUAAUAAAAGCAUAAGCAGUGUAUUUUAGCAUGAUACAUUUGUAUGUAAUGUCACAAAGUUUAAAUUAUUUGACUCACUAAGUUUUAUUUUAGGGACAAUACAGUGUUUAGUAGUCAUGUAGUUGUAGGGUGUCCAUACAUUCAGUUUUAGGGCAGAUGGAUUGAGUUUUCAUCUACCUAUCCACAGUCUGUCGCAAUGCCGAGACAGACACGUAUUUGUACUCUGUUAUAAGCUAACCGGAUGGUUGUAACGAUCAUUAUUAAUUUGCCUUUCAGUGGCUUAUGAACAUGUCCAAAAAAAUGACUUGAAUUUCACUGGUUUAAAGCCACCACUUUCCGUGAAGACAUUCAUCACUUUAUUGUGGAAUGUCCAGCCCUAAACUGCUAGUGCAGUACUAGAUUUUUAUAACUGUACACACUGUCAACAUGCCAAAACAAAAACAAUGUACAGCUCUGAGAGGUCGGCUCACCACCCUUUUAUUUCGAAGAGUAGGAAAGAGGCCACCAUAGAACCAAGGAAUACAGGUAUAAGGAGUGUAUUUCAUCAAGGAGUGAUGUAGUUGGUGUAAUAAAGUGUGCAGUUUUAAUGCAGCGGGCAGCAGUACAGUACAGUUGGCGACAGUAAAUGUUGCUCGAAUUGAGCCGCCAUUGACGCUAACAGGAAGAGGGGGCUGCGUAAUGAACGUGCUGACGUAGCACGCUGACGCUGUUAGUGCAAAGACGUUGGCGUGUGUGUGUGAGAGAGAGAGGGAGUAAUGGCGGCGCACCGGGGAUCUUCCAAAAAAUGGUUCUUUUCCCGGGAGCAGCUGGAAACUACACCGUCGCGGCGGUGCGGAGUAGAGCCGGACAAGGAGCUCUCCUACAGACAACAAGCUGCAAAUCUUGUUCAGGAUAUGGGACAGAGGCUUAAUGUCUCUCAACUGACAAUAAAUACUGCAAUUGUUUACAUGCACAGAUUUUACAUGUAUCACUCUUUCACCAAGUUUCACAGAAACAUCAUUUCUCCAACCACAUUAUUCCUGGCGGCAAAAGUCGAGGAACAGCCGCGAAAACUUGAACAUGUCAUUAAAGUGGCACAUGCCUGUUUAAACCCUCAAGAGCCUCCAUUAGACACAAAAAGUAAUGCAUACCUCCAGCAAGCUCAAGAGCUGGUGAUACUUGAAACCAUAGUGCUGCAGACUUUAGGAUUUGAAAUAACUAUUGAACAUCCUCAUACUGAUGUUGUGAAAUGUUCCCAGCUAGUGCGAGCAAGCAAGGAUCUGGCACAGACUUCCUAUUUCAUGGCUACCAACAGCCUUCACCUCACCACGUUCUGCCUGCAGUAUAGGCCGACUGUCAUUGCUUGUGUGUGCAUUCACCUGGCCUGCAAGUGGUCUAACUGGGAGAUCCCCGUGUCGACUGAUGGCAAACACUGGUGGGAGUAUGUGGACAGUUCGGUCACGCUUGAGCUACUAGACGAGUUGACUCACGAAUUUCUUCAGAUUUUGGAGAAGACUCCUAGUAGGUUAAAGAGGAUUCGAAACUGGAGGGCGACACAGGCUGCCAAGAAACCCAAAACUGAGGGACCUUCAUCAGAGAGCAGCUCUUCAGCCGCCCCCUCGUCAAUUCAAGACCAGUCGCUCAUAGAUACCAUUCCUGGGGUUUCUACGAGUGCGGCUUUUUCCAAACCUUCUACGUCAUUUCCUAUGUCUCUCCCAGGGGGCACUUUGUCAUUGGACCAUAUUGGCAAUCCACUGGGCACCCCAUACACUUUCACUGCCCCCAGUGACUGGCCUCAAGAGCAAGGCCGCACGGACACGUAUGCUCCAAAACAGCUUCCCUUGCACCCACAACGGCCUGACAAAAGUGCAGAGUUAAUUGCAGCCAAACAUGAUCACAAGGUCAACAAGCACCAAGCCCCUGUGUUCCCGCCUCCAUCAGCCCCUACACCGCAGAAGAUGUCCUUAGAGAAAUACAAGGAAAAGCAUGCAGCCGAGUUGGCGGCACAGAAACGGAAGCAAGAGCAACCUAGCACCGAACCUGAGCUUAGAGAUUUGUACACAAGCUCUGGCCAGGUCGAGCACCUGAAGCCACCCCAGCCCUACGUUCAUGGGCAGCAGAGUUCGAGCAGCAGCACCCUUGUCAGCUCCCCACUCAAAAUGAAACUGCCCUUUCCAGGUCAGGAUAAAAGCCUGGGUGAAAAGCGGGCGAAAGGGAGCUCGCUAAAGCUUCGCCUUCCCGUCCUGAGCCAGGCUGAAAAGAGUAGCGGGAGCAAAGAGGAGCUGAAGAUGAAAAUCAAGGUCUCGUCGGAGCGGCACAGCUCGUCGGAUGAGAGCGGCACCAAAGGCAAGCAUUCCAGCCCCAUGGUGAGCAAGGAGAAGCACUCUGCUCAUCGUCACCACCAUAAACACGGCCACUGCAACCCACACGUGCACAGUGGCAAUGGCUCUGCCCUCAGGAGUCCUGUGAUUCUUGCUGGCGAGGGUGCAAGCGCAGCCCAGACCUCGAGCUCUUCUCGCAAAAGGACGCACGUCGAAGGCAGCCAUAACCACCACUCGAGAAAGAGUAAAAGCUCCAAGUCGGGCACAGCAGAUGGGCUUCGGCCAGCUCAGCACGGUGGAGAAACUGGACAAGGAGCCGGUGGAGAGCCACGGCCAUGAGGAUCGUUCAGACACUACACGGACACGUUUAACAUUGGCUGAGGAAUUAACUUCUGAACCUGUAGGAAAAAGGAUGAUGUUAGAUUUCAUCCUCAAGAUGAAGUGGGGAAAAUUAUGGCCCAGAUUGACUGGAGAAAAAAUAAAACGCUUCCUCAUCUUGUGAUCACUUAGCAGUUCAGGUUUAGCCCUUUAUCGGUAUGUUAUGACUGCUUUGUCCUCAAUAAUUUCAGAUGGACCAUGAAGGGUUGAUGCAUAUGUGUAUGCGUGAUGGGGCCAGCCUAAAAAAAUGUGCAAAGAAGUGUAAGGUAUGCCGUCAGCAUUAAUGGUGCAAUUUCUUUUCCACCUUAUAUAAUUUAGGAUUUACAAGUGAAGACACUGAAGGCACAUGCCACCUCAGUUUGGUUUGGAUACGUUUGUUUUCGAGAGGCUAAGAUGUCAGUUUUCAGUUGUGUCAUUUGAACACACUUGUUUGAUUUUUUUCAUUCCUUUUUUAAUACCUGGUGUGUGCACUAUAUGGCCAAACUUAUGUGGACACCACAGCGGUUAAGAUUCUGGACUGUGUAUCCGAAGGUUGCUGGUUUAAGCGCUGGGCCCCUACACAAAGAUCUUAAUCCUUACUUGCCUGCAGUGCAAACUUUUAGUUUGGAGGAAGGCCUCUGAUGAAUGCUGUAAAACAUAAUGGUAGACAUCGUGUUCCAAAACCCGUGCAUUAAGAAACUUGUCCCCCUAUUGGAGCUAUAACAGCAUAAGCUCUUCUACAAGUUUGUUGUAAAAUGCAGAGUGUUUUACAGUGUGUGUCUGUGGGAAUUUGUAAACCACCUCUGGCCAGGCCUUGAUGUUUGAUUGGAGACUGACGUGUAAUUGAUGCGUCCAUUUAUUUCGAUGGGGUUGAGGUCAGCGCUAUUUACAGGCCGCUAGAGUUCCUCCACACCAAACUCGAUUUAUGUCAAAUCAUGUCUAUGUUAUUCCCAAAUUAUCACCACAGAGCAUUAAGAGCAAAUAACGUAUUACUGGUUAUGGCUGAAACACCUGUGCUUAGUAAUAAGGAGCAUGUCCACAUACUUUUGGCUAUAUAGUGCAAGAUGUGCAUGCUUCAGUCGUUUUCAGAAAGUGGAUAUAAAUGUACAUACAUUUUUGUAUGUUAAGCUAUACUAUAAAUUCUCAGGUUUGGUGCUGCUGUAUCACUUGAUGUUAUUGGAAGGAGUGACUUUAACCCUAGGUUCACACAAGCGAGAGACAAAGCGACAUGUUCAUUAUACAGAUUAGGCACGACACAGAUUAGCGACAAAUACCAACGAUUGGCUCUGGCUCGCAUGGGUCCAGUGUGUCUCCCCCCAGCUUCGGUCAAGCCAUUAAAAAUAUCAGUGACGCAGUGUGAACGUAGGGUCAGGAAUCACAGUGUCGACAGUCCAUAGUGACCCACACUGCAGCAUUUUUGUGAAGGGUGUUAGCCUGUAUUGUGCAUGACUACCAGCAGGGAUACAUCAUGCUAGGCAAUCCACCAAUCACCUGGCAUGUUGUCAGAGGCAACUUGUAAUUAACAAGAAUUAUAUUUCUGACCUCCACAGUGACCCCAUGCUGGAUGCCAGAUGCAUGCAUGGCCUUGGAUAAAGGAAAGAAAGAAAUGUAGAAUAAUACAACGUUUACAACUUUUGCUGUGAAGUGCAUUUAAAUCUUUUUAGGCUUGAUGCUGUAGCCUGCCUGUACAACACGGUCGCUCAGUAACAUGUUAAAUAAUUUAUGUUUUAUACAAAGCAACCAGACGAGUUUCAUCAGUAUUCGAUCAGUCGGUCUUGCGAUGUCUUUUUUUAGUCAGCUUCUUCCAUAGAUCGGUGAUUUUGUACAUAAUUUUCAUAGUAAAGAGAAUGAAGGACAAUAAUUGAUGUUCCUGGCCUUUAUGCUAGAAACAGGAAUAGAGAGCCAAGUGCAAGUCUUGAUUAGUUUAUUUCAUUUACUUGUUUGAUUUCGACUAACAAUAAAUCACAACAUUUCUACCACCUUAAA